AUGGUUAACAAGAAAAUAGAUGUGACGCCUGCCGCAAACGCAAAAUAUGCUGUACGCGCAACGCCCACGAGAAGGAUUGCUCUCUGUGCCGAACGCGGGGCGAGACGUGCAAAUACGUGCUCCCGCCGAACGUCAGGCGGAAUCGGCAACCGCCGCCAGCUGGGAGACCGAGGGGGUCGCCGACGAGUAGUAGUUGUUGUGCUUCGUCGUCGAGUGCUGUUCCGCCGAGACCUGUGGUUAAAGAGAGAAAUGGAGGGGAGGAGAAUGGAGAGUGGAUUUGCCACGUCUGAUUGGGCGAUCUUGAGGAUCAAGGGCGAUAAUGGGGAGGUUCCGCUGCAUUUUACGGUAGUCCCGGAUAGUCAUCUAGACGCGAGGCCAGAUUAUUACCCUACGACAGAUACGGAGGCUAUCGUUAAGCCGCAUGGCGAAGAUCUGCUGAGGACGUAUUUCGAGGUUAUCCACGUUUCGUACCCGCUUCUUGAUCCGUUGCGCUUUGGGGCCGAGCCGUCAACGGGGGAUCCGUUGCUGGCUAUUAUGUAUAAUCUCGCGGCGCCGUUUUGUCAGGAUACGCCGCCGGUGUUUGCGCUGCUUUCGGAUUUCGUUCAUCAAGCUCUCCCUAUAGAAAAACGCCAUCCCCGCCUGGAGACAAUAGAAGCCGCUCUCCUGCACCUCCAACGCCACACCAUCAUCCACCGCUCUCCCACCCUGCCCGGUCUCUGGUCAGACAUCGGCACCAUCGUCGGUAUGGCCCACGAUCUAGGCCUCAAUCUCGACCCGACGACCUGGUCUCUCUCGCCUAGUGACCUCAAUCGCCGCGUCCGCAUCUGGUGGGCGCUCUACAUCCAAGAUAAAUGGUCGGCCCUCGGCCUCGGCCGACCCUCCUAUCUUUCCGAUGACCACUGCUCUGUUCCCUUGCCUACUGUAUCGAAUUUCUCGCCCACAGACGCAGGACAACCCGCGCUGCAAUUUAUCGCUAUGGCGCACCUGACUGUCAUCUUAUCUGAUCUGUUGAAUACGUUCUAUACCCUGAAAUCCAUGGAACGAGUGAAAAACCUGCCGAUUUCCAUGCUCUACGGGAUUCUAGAUGAGUUUCAAGCAAGGCUCGAUGCGUGGAACGAGGAGUAUGGGUGGAAGUUAGAGGGGGGCGGGAAUGGGUUGUUGGAUAGUAGCGGGUCGGUGGUGUUAGCUUAUUACACGGCGGAGAUCGUGCUGUAUAGAGCGGUGCUGAGGGCCCUGCCUAUGAGCGAGGAGGGGUAUGAGGCUGUGAGGGCGAGGGCUAGGGAUACGUUGGGGAGGGUCGUCGGGUUUGUGGAGAAAUUGAAUGUUAGUCGGUUGAGGGCUUUUUGGUGGAGUCCCAUGACGCGCAUCAACUUCGCCCUCGCAGGCACAUUCAUGUUCUUCCAGCUCCUGACCUCCAUCACCACGUCCGACAUCGAGUUCUGGUCCGAGACCAUCGCGCACUAUCGCUCGCUACUGCGGUUGCAGAGCCUGUCGUUCGAUAUGACGAAGUUGGCGUGCACGAGGAUGGAUCUGUUGGCGCAGGGGAUGGGGGUCGAUCCGCCAUGCAGUGGGGGGGAGGAGGGUAGGGGAGUGGGAGGGGGAGGGGGAGGGGGAGUGGUGCUUACGCCGGGGAGUGCGGAGGAGUGGAUUGCGAGGCAGGGGCAUGAGGGGAUGUUGCUUUGUUGA